GUAGCUGCCGCUUCAGAUGCAUCCCAUCAUCACUCUGCUCACUCUGUUAAUCUCGCUGCUGCGGCGCACCGGGUUGGAGACAGAGAGCUGGCACAUUGGUGUGCCAACAACAGGAUUUCUAAAGUCUGUCACGACUCUGUGCGCUACGGAGACGCACUUGAAAAGGACAUUUAAUGUAGCCUGUCUUUAAAAUAAGGCAAUAUCGGCGACCGAAGUCCAUGAAAUCUGCAAAGUUGUCAGAGCUCGAUGUUUCUCAUCUGUCCAAACAUUUUGAUUUAAUUUUACAUAUUUUCGUCACUUUAUCUAAAACCUCCCCGUUCCGCGCCAUCGCCGCUGCUGCCUCCGAUGGAUCUCCUUUUGUUCCGUCACCCGGCACUUCUCUCCAAUCGGGACCGAAUGUAAGGACCAUUGGAUCGGUGCCUGUGGAGAAUCCAGCCGCUCUUUUCUCUGACCAACUUACCUCUUGGCUAGAAGUAGGCAACGUUGUAUAAAUCCGGUGAUAAAUGUUGCAGCAGACAUGAGUUUUGGAAACAGAUUUUUCCUUGUUUCACUCUUUCUUGGAAUGGUCGUCACUCGCUUCAGCCACUGCAACCAAGUUGUGCUGCUGGAUACGACAUCUGUGCUUGGAGAGCUCGGAUGGAAGACCUAUCCUAUAAACGGGUGGGAUGCCAUCACUGAGAUGGAUGAGCACAACCGGCCAAUCCAUACUUUCCAGGUUUGCAAUGUGAUGGAGCCCAACCAGAACAACUGGCUUCGCUCCAACUGGAUCUCUCGACAGGCUGCCCAAAAGAUCUACGUGGAGCUUCGCUUCACCCUACGUGACUGCAACUCCAUCCCUUGGGUGUCUGGUACCUGCAAGGAGACUUUCAACCUCUUCUACCAUGAGACGGAUGAGGCUCACGGUGUCAAAUUCAAGCCCCAACAGUUUACCAAGAUCGACACCAUCGCUGCUGAUGAGAGCUUCACUCAGAUGGACCUCGGAGAUCGCAUCCUCAAGCUCAACACUGAAGUGCGGGAAGUGGGACCCAUGACAAGGAAGGGUUUCUACCUGGCGUUCCAGGACAUCGGUGCCUGCAUUGCCUUGGUUUCAGUAAGGAUUUACUAUAAGAAAUGUCCAUUCACGUUAAGGAACCUGGCCUCGUUUCCGGACACAGUGCCUCGUGUGGACUCUUCUUCAUUGGUGGAGGUGAGGGGGGCUUGUAUUGACCAUGCUGAAGAAAGAGACACUCCCAAACUCUUCUGUGGAGCUGAUGGAGACUGGUUGGUCCCCUUAGGAAGAUGUGUCUGCAGCAUUGCUUAUGAAGAGAUCGAUGGCUCAUGUACUGCGUGUCACCCAGGCUUCUUCAAGGCAUAUGCUGGAAACACCAGGUGUUCAAAGUGCCCUCCACAUAGUUUCAGCUAUGGAGACGGAGCCGCUAUCUGUCGCUGUGAGACGGGCUUCUUCAGGGCUGAGAGCGAUCCUCCAACAAUGGCUUGUACACGCCCUCCUUCUCCUCCCCGCAACUUGAUGUUUAAUCUGAACGACACCUGUCUGAUGCUGGAGUGGUCACAUCCCACCGACACCGGGGGCCGCCGGGAUCUCACCUACAAUGUCCAGUGCAAACGUUGUGGCCCCAACCCCGACCAGUGCCAGUUGUGUGAGGAGGAACUUCGUUUCCUACCACGACCAUUGGGCCUGACUGACGCCACAGUCACGAUCAUGGACUUCUCAACCCACGCCAACUACACCUUUGAGAUCGAGUCCAUCAAUGGUGUGUCAGACAUAAGCUCCUCUCCUCGCCAGGUAGCCAUCAUCACCGUCAGAACUGAUCAGGGUGGUCCAUCUCUGGUUGGAUCUUUGAAGAAGGACUGGGCCUCUCCUAACAGUAUUGCUCUCUCCUGGCAGCAGCCCGAACAAACAGCAAUGCUCAUCCUCGACUACGAGAUCAAAUAUUAUGAGAAGGAACACGAGCAGUUGAGCUACUCGUCGACACGUACCAAGGCUCCCAGUGUGAUCAUCUCAGGUUUAAAACCAGCCACCUGGUAUGUCUUCUGUGUUCGCACCCACUCACCAGCUGGAUACAGUUCCUACACCCCUAAAUAUGAAUACAAAACUACAGGAGACUCAUCAGACAUAGCUUCUGACCAAGGUCAGGUGUUGGUGAUCAUUACGGCAGCAGUUGGUGGCUUUACCCUCCUUAUCAUCCUCACCCUCUUCCUCCUGAUUACCGGCAGGUGUCAGUGGUAUUUCAAGGCCAAAAUGACCUCAGAGGAGAAAAGGAGGACCAAUUAUCAGAAUGGACACGUCCCCUUUCCAGGAAUAAAGACCUAUGUGGACCCUGAUACAUACAAAGACCCCACGCAGGCCAUCCACGAGUUCACCAAGGAGAUCGACCCCUCCAGGAUUCGCAUCGAGAGGGUGAUCGGAGCCGGUGAGUUUGGCGAGGUGUGCAGCGGCCGCCUGAGAACUCCAGGGAAGAAGGAGAUUGCCGUGGCAAUAAAGACACUGAAGGGCGGCUAUGUGGAGCGUCAGAGGCGGGACUUCCUGUGCGAGGCGUCAAUUAUGGGCCAAUUUGACCACCCCAACAUCAUCAGACUAGAGGGCGUGGUCACCAAAAGCAGGCCUGUAAUGAUUGUGGUGGAGUAUGUGGAAAAUGGAUCGCUGGACUCCUUUCUGAGGCAACAUGACGGUCACUUCACUGUCAUCCAGUUGGUUGGCAUGCUGCGUGGCAUCGCCUCGGGUAUGAAGUAUCUGUCAGACAUGGGCUACGUUCACCGAGACCUGGCAGCUCGAAACAUCCUGGUCAACAGCAACCUGGUGUGUAAAGUGUCAGACUUUGGCUUGUCCCGAGUCCUGGAGGACGACCCGGAGGCUGCUUACACCACAACGGGUGGUAAGAUCCCAAUCCGAUGGACUGCUCCUGAGGCUAUUUCAUACAGAAAGUUCUCCUCUGCCAGCGACGCAUGGAGUUACGGCAUCGUCAUGUGGGAAGUGAUGUCAUAUGGGGAGCGGCCAUACUGGGAGAUGUCCAAUCAGGAUGUGAUUCUGUCUAUUGAAGAGGGCUACCGGCUGCCUGCACCGAUGGGCUGCCCCGUGGCCCUGCACCAGCUGAUGCUGCACUGCUGGCAGAAGGAGAGGAGUCACCGGCCUAAAUUCACCGAUGUUGUUACCUUCUUGGACAAACUGAUCCGUAACCCCAGCAGCCUGCUGCCACUGGUAGAGGACAUUCAGAGUCUACCGGAGUCUCCGGGGGAGGAAAUGGACUACCCGAUGUUCAUCUCCAUCGGGGACUGGCUGGACUCCAUUAAGAUGACUCAGUACAAGAGCAAUUUCAUGGCAGCUGGCUACAACACAUUGGAUUCAGUGGCAAGGAUGAGUAUUGAAGAUGUGAGGCGUAUAGGGGUGGAUCUGAUCGGCCACCAGAGGCGGAUCACCAGCAGCGUACAGACCCUCCGCCAUCAGCUCCUGCACGAACAGGAGAAGGGUUUUCAAGUAUGAGGAUAACCUUUAACGCAACCUGGGAUGGACAGAUAGAUGGACCAGAGGGAAGUGAAGUCUAGUCCUCAUAAAGGAGGCAAUUGGACAGACUACCACAGCCGACUGCCCCCUGGUCUCACAUCCAUUAGUAACAGACUGUUUCCUACUAUACACCCCUUACCCAGUAUACCUGGCUCUGCCAGACUAUUGCAGCCUGACCGACUUAAAAGACUGGCCCAGGCCUUCACUUAGGGGAAUGUAAUGCCUUGUUGCAACAGCAGUACUUUUGUGUGUGAAGCAACAAUAUCUAGAGAUGUAGAUUUGCAAACGUAAUCUACCGGAACUUUUGACUAUUUUCUUCUUCUUUUUGCCAUUUUCUCGCUCUGAGUUAUGUGCUCAUGUAGCUGCUAUCGGGUGUGCAAUCCAAAAGUAUCCUUAAUAUCUUUUAUUUCAGAGUUUGAUCAUUUAUUAUGAUUUGCUUUAGUUAACCCUCUCUCCAGAGAAUCUGGUAUGCUAAUACUUGAAUAAAGAAGUGAGAAGCAAAUUAUGGAGAUUUCUUGAAUGUUCAAAAGUGUAUAGACAAUUAACCAAUAAUUAUUAUCAUAAUCUAAUAUCUAUAUAUGUGCAGUCCUGUAUGUGAAAGCCCUAGUAAAUCUGGAUCUUAUUUAAGAUGUUUUAUUUAUAUCAGAUUUUUAUCCAAAUCAGCAAUACAGUAUUAUGCAGUCACCCCAGUAUCUCAGAGAAAGAUGAAGAAUUGUGCAAUGAGAGAACUCUUGUUGACAUGGUAACAUGAGGCUCCCACCACACCAUCUACCUGGUUCUAUUGUCACAUGCUUAGCUUGCAGAACUGGAUCCGUUGCCUUCAGAUAAUAACCAUACAGGUCUCUUCUGACAGUUUUUAGCAACCAGUGUACUCGCAGUUGUGUGACGAUAAGCCUGCUAUAUUUUGGAUUGUAAAUGUUAUACAUUGCCUGAAAGUACACAACCUCCACUGUCCUAACAUAUGAAUGUUAACAGAUAGAUAGAUAGGAGAUGUUUGUCUGGAAACUUAACAUGGACUUGUAUGGUUUUUCAGAAAUACAUUCAUUGUUUCUUUUUGCCUGCACAUACACUAAUGCAGUGCAUUUCGUGGACAAAGUUGAUCCAAGAUGUCAGAACAGAAUAGUGUGUUGUAGAUGCAAAGGUAAUGGACGUAACUCUACUCCAGUCUGUUUUUACAAUGUGGUCAUGUAAAGGUUGUGGAAUUUGUGGCAAUAUGGGAAACCAGUGUACAUAGAUGUAGUCUGGAAUGAAAAGUGUUGGAUCUGCAGUAGAUAAUGUCAAUUUAUCAGAUGUUUGCCAUUAAAAUAAUAAUUUGUCUUCAUCCGGUAGUCAGUGGUGAAUAGGCAUUGCUGCUGAAUAUAGCCAGUUAGUUGAGUUGGGGGCAGCAGAAGUAGCUAAAACCUGGUGGAUGGAAACCGGUUUGUGUGAUCCACUGUCCAGCAGAUACAGUAAGUGACUUUAAUGACAGUAGAGAAAGAAGAAAUAUAAACAGCAGCAUCAUAACUCAUCAUUUGUCAUUUUAACAUCAACAUUAACAAACACGUACUUACAUAUACACACACACACACAAACACACACACACACACACACACACACACACACACACACACACACACACACUUAAACAUGCACGUAGAAUGCCUUACAGUCCGUUAAGUCAUGCAAGACAGUUUAAGUGUGGUCAGUGCAGUCACAGGACCUAGCAAUUACUUUGAGUUGUAUUCCAUAUUCAAGAGAGCGAAUCUAGUCCCUUACGAGUUGUGGCUCGAUGAUUAAUGUCAAAGGCAGACUGGAUUUAGAGGUCUGUGCCUUUCCGUCACAGCGUAGUUAUGCAUCCCAGCCUGCAGGAGUAGGAAAGUUGCACACGCACAUCUAAACACACAUAUACAGUACAGUCACGUUCAAAGUAUUUGCACACACAUGCUCGCGGCCACCCCCCUUCUACAGACUAAGGAGAAUAUCAGAUGCUGUUUGUUUAGCAUGUUCUACUGCUGAGCAAUGUUAGAACGUUUUGUACAAAGUACAAGUAUACUUAUAAUUCUUGUAUUUUAUUUUUCUAUAAUUUCCAAAGAGAUGUUGUAGAUCUUGCACACUGUAAGAGGCAGUUACAGCGAAUAUUUAUUUGCAAAUAAAAACGAACAGUUCUGGUGGU